AUGAGAAUACAUACAAAGGAGAAACCAUAUAUCUGUGAGAUUUGCAAUAAAGCAUUCCCUGAGAAAGGUUCUCUGGUAAAGCACAUGAGAGUACAUACAAAGGAGAAACCAUAUAUCUGUGACAUUUGCAAUAAAGGUUUCUCUCAGAAAUGUUAUCUAGAAGUGCACACGAGAAAAUAUAAUCCAGUAGUGCACUUGAGAGUACAUGCAAAGGAGAAACCAUGUAGCUAUAAGAUUUGCAAUAAACACUUCUCAGAUAAGUCUGUCUUAAUGGAUCAGAGUGCAGAACAUGCAGAGGAUAAGCCAUUUAUGUAUGCAAAGUCAGAGUCAAGGAGGCAUUAUCUGGGAAAGAAAGAAUACUCUGGUACAUUGUCACUACGGGGCAGUCAAAAGACAACCACUAAUGUUCACAGUGUUUCAAAAAACUGCUCUCCAAUACAGCCACUUAUAUGGAGGUCAUUGGCCAAUUUAUUGAUGUGUUUUGUAACAUCUUUCAUAAUUUUGUUAUUACAGUUACAGGCAGACACUUCAUAUUCUUCAUGUGAAAUCCUAUAUAAGAUCUGUAUUAAAAGAUGUGAUGAAAGUGUAUUAAAUGCAUCUGUCAAUGUGAAGUACUAG